CCCCCCUGCAGGGCAUGGCCCAUUACCCGGAGGGUCAGACUGAGGCCCAGGCAGCUGCUCUGGUCCAACGCCCCCUCAUCUCCCUUAGGCUCUGAGCCUCCUCCUUCUGACAGCCCCGCCCUGCGCACUGGCGAUGCCCUCGUGCAAAGAGGAGGAGUUCCCGACGGGGGCCAUGUGCUGCCCCAAGUGCAGGCCAGGCUACCGGGUGCAGGAGGCCUGCGGGGAGCUCAGGACCACAGUGUGUGAGCCCUGCACCCGGGGCACCUACACUGCCCACCUCAACGGCCUGCCCGAGUGUCUGCCCUGCCGCGUCUGUGACCCAGGCCUGGGCCAGGUGACCAGACGGAAGUGCUCCGCCCAGACCAACACCGUGUGCGGCUGCGGGCGCGGCCACUUCUGUGAGAAACAGGACGGGGACUCCUGCGUCCAGUGCAGGCCCCACAGGGUCUGCCGGCCGGGCCAGAGGGUGCGGGAGACAGGCACCGAGUGGCAGGGCACGCUGUGUGAAGACUGCCAGCCGGGCACCUUCUCUGCGGGGGGCACCCAGGCAGCCUGCACGCCCUGGACCAGGUGCAGUGGCCCAUUCGCCAGGGGCGACGCCUGUGGGACCAGCAGCUCAGACGUGACAUGUUCCUCCUGGGGCCCCCUCUCCAUCUGCGUUAUCAUCAGCUUCAUCAGCCUCGUCAUCUUCAUCGCUGUCAUUUCUGUGUCAGCUGUGCUCAGGGCCAUCAGGGACAGAAGGUCACGUAGUUUGCAGGAGCCCCUGGUCCCGUCAGGGCUCAGGUCCCAGCUCUCUCAUCCCAGACACCUCUCUGGCUCUGUCCCCCAAAUAGAGAGGCGGUCUGGGGUGCCCGGGGUGGGACUUCCUGUGUGAGGAGCCUGGUGCCCCCGGUGCCCACGCAGCACCAGGGCCCGAGCCCCCACCUGCCCUCAGCGGAUGGAGGAGCACAGGGAGCCGAGAACAGCGGGAGGCCCCGUCAUGCCUCCCUCCCCUGUCCCUGCCCAGAGCCCUCUGCGUGUCCAGACCCCGAGGGGGGCCCUGAGCAGAGAGAGGCUCAGGGCUGUGGGCGAGGCCGCGCCCUGUCCUCACCCGGGAGGUGCCCGGCCCAGGGCCCUGCUCUGAGCAGCGGGGGGUCCCUCCUCCUGGCUCCUGGCAGCCGCUCCCUUGGGGGGCUCAGCCCUCCCUG